UGUGUGUGACACACGUCAAUUUGAAACAUUGGAUUUAUUUUCGAAUAAUUAAUCGAAAAAUAUGAACGUGCACAAGUUGUGGGAGUACAGGGAGUACGUGAAGGUUAACGGCGUGGUGCUGACCAACGAGCUGAUCUCGCUGCUGCAGACCUCGCUCACUAUGCUGCAGGUGGAAAACCACUUCACGCACAUGCAGUACUGGGGCCAGAUCUACGGCGUCGACCGGGACUACCACAUAGCCGUCGGGAUAAACCGAGACGCGCUCAACGAACGAAAAUACUUCUACACGACCGAUUUCAAAUUCUGGGGACUGCUUCCGAAGGCCAAGAAGAAGUACAAAUUCCUCUCUUUGAUCGCAAACACGCCGUUUCGCGGCGACAUAUCCGAGAAGAUCAAAGUUUUAGACGAAGCACUCGACCAAGGAGACCCGGAGCGCUGCAAAAAUAUGAAAGAGGAGAAGAGACUGGCAGCGACCAUCAGCAACAUCUGCGAAGAGGCCGAGGUUUGUGCGAGGGGACAGCUGGUGAAGCGGCCCGAUGGUGUCGUGGUCAUUAGCCCUAACUUCUACGGUCUGACGGGACCAGAGGCCAAGCUGCUCAAGUCCUAUCUGCAUAUUAGACCCGCUCAACACAAAUGGAACACAAAUAUUCUAACGCGUGCAGAUUACAAUUUGAGCAUGGACUUUUUAGACUCCAUCGACAUGGAUAUUCCGAACGGAUGCUGGAAUUUAUCCUUGGAGAACGUGGGCACCGUAGCGUAUCUAAAAAGCCUCUAUUGGCCCGGGAUGAUGUACUUUCAUAAAGUUAGAACCCAGGACGCCGGAUUUUUGUAUGUCGGUAAUGGCAGGAAGAACUUAGAUGUACCUUUUCUUCUUUAAACCAGAAAGUAAGAAUAAUGAAAUAAG